GUUAUCACUCGAUAACUCGAUAAGACAUUAAAUCUGUAGUGUUUGAAGGUGUUCUUACUUUUGUUGGUUUCUUCAAGCCACAAAAAUGGGAAAAGGUUUUAAUAAUUACAUGUGUAAAAAGUUUUUCCACCCUGCUUCGAGGGAUAACUUAAAGCGAGUAUGGAUGGCAGAACAGAAAACGGAUGCAUACAAGAAAAAACAAGAGGAAUUAAAAGUACAAUAUGAGAGAGAACAGGAAUUACAUGAAAACAAGGCUUUGUUGAGCAAAGAGAGUAAAGAUAAACUCAGUCUCAACUUUAUGUAUGAGCCACCACCAGGUGUUAAAAAGGAGCGUGAAAGAGAAGACAACGAACCAGAGUACAAGUUUGAGUGGCAGCGGAAAUACAAUGCACCUAGAGAAAGUUACUGCAAGGGUGACAAUGAAAUCAGAGACCAGCCGUUUGGCAUUUUGGUGAGGAAUGUGCGAUGUAUCAAAUGCCACAAAUGGGGUCACAUUAACACAGAUAAAGAAUGUUCCAUGUACUCUCUAUCAAUGAGCGAGGCCCGUGCACUCCAAGCUUCUACAUCAGCCCCUGAAGAGGAAGAGGAAAAGCCCGAUGUUCCAACCUUGAUGCAGCACAUGAGAGACUCUGGCCUGGUCAUGAAGCCCGGAGCUCUGCCUCUUGCUGCCACCAGAAUCGAGGACAAUGAAGGCGGAGCUAAUCUGACUGAAAUGGACUUGAUAAGCCAGUUGACUAAGAAGCAAAAAAAGAAGUUGUUGAAGAAGCUAGAGAAACUUGAAGAGAAGAAACAUAAAAAAUCAAAGAAGGACAAGAAACACAAAAGGAAGUCAAGGGACAGAGAUUGAAUUUUUAAUUCUUUACUUUAGAAUAUAAUUAUCUUUAAAUUUAACUUAAUGCCUCAUGUAACUCAUGUUACA